AUGGAAGAGGGGGUUCAAUUUGAGAGCUCGCUGAUUGGUCUUUAUAUAAAAGUCCGAUUCCCCUUCUUUGCCCAAUGGAGCGUGUCUUAGACGCGCUGACCCGAUCGAGUAGAAUAUGCUCUUCCAUAGGCGUAUCGAUCGAGCGAGUCCAGCAUCCGUGCGUUACGACAUUCGAGUUUCAGCUCGUGCGGGAACAGGACCAUGCUCCAUAACCUCCACCGCACGUUGAUCUUUUUCCUCAGCCUACUGGCGCCACAAAUUUUAUGCCAAGGAUGGGAAAUUGGAAGCGAAUACCUGUAUGAUUACAGUGGCUUCUUAGUGACUGGUGUUCAGGACGCGGACAAUCAAUCCGCAGCCGUCCAAAUCAUCGGGAAGUUGACAGUCCAAAGCAUUGACGAUGAAACACUAAUGCUCAAGCUCUCUGAGAUACGGCUCACGCGCGAUGGCAAUUACAGAGGCAAAGGCAAGUCUUCUGAUCCGAUUUUGUUUCCGGAUCGGCUAUCUGACGGAGUAGAAGAGGCCAUCGGCGAUUCACUUCACCUCCUCAGUCCUUUCGCUGUCAUUCACAACAAAGGAUUGAUAACUAACCUGGUAGUGGAGAGUGAAGAGCCAACAUGGUCCGUCAACAUGAAGAAAGCAGUAGUGUCCAAUUUGCAGCUGGACGUUGCCGGUGUCCGUUCUGGAUUGGACGGAGGUGUCUUCGGUGAACGCAGUGUGCCGUCACUAAACACUUUGGAGGAUGGAGUGACAGGAGAUUGCCUCACGACGCUACGAAUUACCCGACUGCCAUUCUACCAUGUCAUCCAAAAUCAAGAUUUAGAUGCGCAUAAAAUUAUAGGAGAAAUAUGUCGUUCGACCAAAGUUUACGAAAUCCUAAAAAUUAAAGAUUUUGAUCAGUGUCGAACUGAUCCUUUGAAAGUCUUAUCUCAUCCGCGAUCAUCGACAUUUUCCUUUUCAUCGCACGGAAAAUUUCUUUCGGACGGCACUCUAAAGAGAUUCGCUGCAUACAAGUAUUUGGUCUGCGGUGAAUCUCAAGAAAAAGCUACAAUUGUCCGCAUGGAAGGAAUCGGUGAAAUGACCUUCUUGGGGCCCGUUGCACUUAAAAUUGAACAGUCCAUUAACUUGAUCCUACAGAAUCACGGGAAAAUACGCGAUCUUUUACCGUCAAUGUCGCAGCCACGGAUGAUAGACGAGUUAACUUAUUCUUUUGAAGACGACCCCAUUGUACCAAAGUUUGUUAAAUGCUUGUUGAUUUACGCCCACAAAUUUUAUAAAUUGCCUAUCUUUAGUACUAAAGAAAUGGACGCAGUGCCAGAUGCCUUGCGAGAAGUUGCUCAAAUUCUUACAGAAUCUACAGUGUCAGAAGAAGACAUCUCUAAAAAACUGAGAAUCAUCAGCCAAAUCAUAUAUCACCAGGACGAAAGGCAACUGCGUGAAAUUUGGGAGAGAACCUUUCAACAGGAAAAUGCAAACGUCAGGGACCUAUUCGUCGAUUGCAUUGCCGCUAGUGGAAGUCAUACGGCGGUUGUUUUUCUCGUAGACCUCAUUGAGCAACGAAAGCUUGAGGGAUUUCCAGCUGUCUGGACGCUGAUGAGCUCUGGGCAUUCCGUGCAAUAUCCAACGAUUCCUAUAUUACGACGCUUUAUGGGAGUUAUACUGUCCGAGGCAGCACGUAAUUCCAAAAUGUUGAAGCAUACAGCGCUAAUGGCGACAGCUGACUUGCUGUACACAACUUGCGUGUUAUCAUCAGUGAACUGCAAUGCGGAUUCUCAAAUUAUCACAGAGGAAUUUCUGCCACUUCUGGUCCGCGAACUAGAGACUGCCCAAUCGGCAAUCGAUCGUUUAGCAGCAAUAAUAGCUUUAGGAGCGCUAGGUGUUGACGAUGUUCUUCUUCUUCUCGUUCCAUAUCUUCGAGGCGAGAAUGUGGCAAUACGGAUAGCAGCAAUAUCAUCCCUUAAACAUCUGAUGGAUUCUUCUCCAGACAAAGUGAUUCCAUUAUUAAGUUCGUUGGCGGAUAACGUAGCAGAACCACCUGAAAUCCGCAUGGCUGCCAUCGCCAUGCUUCUAUUUCAUCAGAAAACUCCUCAGAGUAUUUGGAAUAAGGUUGCUUCUCGGACAUGGUUUGACUCUAGCCUUCAAGUUAAAGCAUUUACUUGCGAUAUUAUCCGAUCUUUGGCUGACCAUUCAAGCAUCCGUGCGAGUGAAGAUGAAAGCACUUCAAUCAAAGCUCGUUCCGUCAUUGGUCUAGUGCGCCCUUGUUCCGAUCGAUUGGACUACGAGCAUUAUGCGUCUGUCAACGACAACAAAGCAGGGCUUUCAUCACUGCUGACAUUUUGGAGAUCGGGCGACUCUUCUCUGCCUGUUUAUCUAGAGCACCAGCUCUUCCGCAACCUUGGGUCGUUCCGCUUCGAUCUUGCGAAGGUAUCGAUCUGGAACUAUAACAUGGAAAAUGUUUGGAGUCAGCUUACGGGACAUGCUCUUCCACGAUCCAAUGAGCCGAAGUCCAAUGUCUUUUGGGAUCAGCUUUUUUCGACUUUCCGGGCCAGUGACGAGUCCACAGUGGGACUUGUUCAUCUAAGACUCCUCGGUUCAACCAUGCAGACGCUUUUAAAUCUUGAAGAUAUCGAUCUUGAGUACAUGAUUCGAGAAUUCUUCACGAAACAUCUCAAUAUCCGGUUCGUCAAGUUUCAACAACUCAUAGACAGCCGGACGCAUGUACCGACGGAGCUGGGAUUGCCCGCACGAUUCACUUUCUCGCUAACCGCUUUGGCUUCAGCUUUUGGUCACAUAAAUCAAACUCCGGAAAUCAAUGUGACAGCCAGCCUUUCAAUGACAUGGGCGUCCGAAUCAAGGAUUCAAUAUCCGUUCAGUGGCCAUCAUGUGGCAGCUGGCGUAGAGCAUCACGCUGACAUUCGGGCACCCAUUUCCUUGAUUUCCAAUGGUUCGUUGGUGUGGACUCCGCCAGACAGAGUGUAUGACAUAGCAUACUAUUCUGUCAAACCAUACACCCUCACCAGUCAGACAACGGAUUAUUUUUCAGAAAGUCUAGGGCUCUACAAUGUUCAUCUCACAGGGCCGCCAUUCGUAUCUGUCGCUCAGCUGACUCGGAAUUUACGGCUGGAAACGGCCAGUGAAGUGCCAGAAGACGUUCCUGCAUUUGCUUGGUUAUCCAGCUUGAUGAAAGAAUUCAGCCGCCAUUCUGGCCAUUUCCGCUUAGAUAGCUUUCAACAGCGGGUGUGUCGCCUUCGUUACAUAGGGAAAGAGAGCUCACUCAGCUCUGUUGCUUUGUCAGCUUCGUUCGACACAAAAGCUAUUCAACAAGAAGCGGUCAUAGAGUAUAUUAUUGGAGUCAACGGUACUGUUGAAUGGGAAGAAGAUGGAACUAAUGAAACCAUUUCCACAGCAGAGAUGACUGAUGAUGGUAUUCACGUUUUUCAAGGUGGAAUCACGGCUUACUAUCGCAACGGUUCCACGUCAAAAUGGGUUCUUAUAGAGGUAGCGGCACAAAACCUGUCAAAAGAAAAUGAAUGGAAUAUUACAGCGUCAGGUUCGGUUAUUGAAUCGUUUCGUAAUUGGUCAAAUUUCCUGAAAGAAGAAUAUUCUCAAAAUCUCCGCAGCAGUGAAAGAAUUUUCGUACCACAAGAAGAAAAUAAUAAUGCAAGCCAAUCAUACCUUUCUUGGAGCCAUUUCAACGUUCGAGAAUCUGACGAACCCUGGAUUCGGUAUGCUUCACUCUUCGUGGCAAACUCGUUUGGCUACGUAAAAAGCAUAAAACCAAAAACAAACAAAUGCUACAUCCAUUCUGACCGAAUCCAAACUUACGAUAAAGUAGAAUACAGCUAUACCAUCAAUGAAUGUCACCAUUUGUUGACUACUGAUUGCCGACAGAAGAAAGCAAAUUAUGCUGUCCUAGCCAGCAGAAGUAAAAGUCAUGGAAUGGUAGUCCGAAUCGUGCUAGAAACAAACAGGGUCGACUUUUCGGCAACUGGAAACAUAUCAAUCAAUGGAGUAGAGGCAAAUUUUACGGCAGGUCGAAUGCAAAUUAACGUGGGUGAAAAGGUGAUAGCGACAGUGACGCAGGAAAAAGAGCAAGCCCUUCAUCUGUGGCUUCCAAACGAAAAGCUGAAUGUAAUUGUCGAAGAAGAGACAAUCACGCUGAGUGCUACUGACCAACUGCUUGGCCAUGCUUGCGGAAUAUGUGGGGAUGGCGAUUCAGAGGUGACCGGAGAGUUCAAAACUAGUAACCGAUGCGCGCUUUCAUCUGGAGCUCUAAUGGCGGCAAGUUUCCUGGUAAACAUGGAUCCGGAGAAUUGUCCAGCAUUGUCAGACGAGAUACUACAAGCACUGCUGAUCGAGACUUAUCCCUGCUACUCCGUCGACGAACAAGUAGCCUCCAUUCUUCCCCUACCACUCGAACUCUAGUUAAAGAAUUAGAAACAUAACUGUUGUAAAGUAUUGUGAACGAUGGUAAUAUAGUAAAUUAAACUAUUUAACGGU